AUGGCUAGCAGCGGUGACUGGUUCCAGGGUGCUAAAGUUGCCACCGCACACAAGAAGACUUCGCCAGCUUGGGCUCCUGCGCAGCCGCUUUCAGUGAAUCUUUCUCAGGCUGGAACUGAAAGGCCGAAACUUCCACCUUCUGAGAGGCACAGUACACCAGAGGUGACACAAAAUCCAGACCCUUUCCUUCGGAAAGCGGCCCAUGCAUGCCCAUUACCAGCACUUCCUGAGAAGAAAGAUCUAGAGCAGUUUACUGCAAAAUAUGAAGAGGGAAAAAUGCACCCUGUAUCUGCCUUGCACGAGUUUGCACGUAUGCACAAUGUACAGCUGGAAUUGAAAGAAACUGGUGUGGCAGGCAGUAUCAUAAGGCCUUAUUUUGCCUUUUGUGCUGUGGUAGAUGGUGUUUGCUACAAGACUGGGCUGGGAAAUACCAAGAAGGAAGCUAAACGAAAUGCUGCUAAACUGGCUCUUGAUGAGCUACUUAACUCUGAGUGGUUGAUCACGUCUGUUCCUCCUCCCCGCAAAUACGUGUCUUGCUGGUUUUUAUUGAUUUUUUUAGAAAGAGGACCACUUGUAUACGAACAACUUUCGCAAACAGUCGAGGAAGUGUUUAACAGUCUGACUGCCAAGCAUCCCGAAUACCAAAAUUGUGGCAGUUCACUAGCUGCCUUCAUCGUUGUAAAAGAUGGGCACCAUGAAGUUGCAGCUCUGGCGACAGGAGAAUGUAAUUACAGUCGAGGCCUUCAAGUUGGUGGAAGAGUGCUGCAUGACAGCCAUGCCAUUGUUACUGCAAGACGCUCCCUACUAAGAUACUUUUAUAGACAUCUUCUGCUGUUCUAUAAUGAAAAUCCAGUGAGGAGAAAGGAAUCCAUAUUUUGCACAGCACCAGGCUCAAAGCUGCUUAGCCUCAAGCAAAAUACAACUGUCAUUCUCUACAUGAAUCAGCUUCCGAAAGGAACUGCUCAGUUAAAAUCACACAUAUGUCUCAACCCACAAUCUAUGUCUGCUUACGAAACUAGUGAAGAACUGAGCCUCCAUGUUGUUAUAGGAGGCAAGAUAUACCUAACUGUUUGUUGGCCACCUGAAACUGUCACAGCACGCAGUAUGUCAGCUAGUGACAAAUUAACAAAAUGGGAAGUGGUUGGUGUUCAGGGAGCAUUGCUGAGUCACUUCAUUGAACCGGUAUAUAUCCACAGUAUUCUUGUUGGAAAUGGAAAUUGCAAGGAUACAAGAGGUCUUAAAUUAGCUAUACGACAGCGUGUUGAUGAUGCUUUUACUUUAAAGCUUCCCAUGCCUUACGUGGUCAACAGAUCUCAUACUUACUUGGUGAAUGCCGCACACCCAAUUCAAACAAACGUUAAACAGAUGUCUCUUAGCUUGAAUUGGUCAUUGUCAGAUCUAUCACUGGAGGUUGUGGAUGGUUUAGAUGGAAGAACCACUGAAAGUUCACCCUUCAAAAGUGGCACUUACAUGGCAAGUCGUCUUUGCAAGGCAGCAAUGCUUAGACGUUUCAGAUUGCUUGCAAAGGAAGCAAAACGAUAUGAUUUGCUUCAAGUUGCAACGUACCAUGAAGCUAAGACUGAAUCUGAAACGUACCAAGAAGCUAAAAACUUGCUGCAAAGCUACUUACAGCAACAUAGUUAUGGAUCCUGGAUUGUGAAGUCUCCACAUAUCGAGCAGUUCAGUGACUGA